ACAACAACCGACCCAAUAACCACGCGAAUAUCAAUGAUGGACUCCGACUCCGAUUCAGAUUUUGUGUCCUUUGGGACCCCUCUUGAAAUAAUUGAGGAAGAUGAGCCUCUUCCAAAACCUAUAUCAGUACAGGACCAGGUCGUUCAUGAUCGACAAGGUCGUCAACGUUUCCAUGGAGCCUUUACUGGAGGGUUUUCAGCUGGCUUCUUCAACACGGUCGGAUCUAAAGAGGGUUUUACCCCUUCAACCUUUGUAUCAUCAAGAGGGAAGAAGGCUGAUCAACAUGAUCACAAACCAGAGGAUUACAUGGAUGAAGAUGACAAAGGAGAGUAUGGGAUAGCUCCACGGAAGCUUGUAACAACUCAGAGGUUUGCUGGUGAGGAGGUGGGAUCCAAGAAAAGACCAGCCCCAGAUUUCAGCAUCAUCCCUGAUGAUGGUAGGAUACAAGACAUCAUUAAACCUACAGAUGAGACCAGUGGUGCAAGGCUACUUCGCAGAAUGGGAUGGAAGCCUGGCCAAGGGGUUGGACCAAAGAUGGAAAGAAAGAAAAAAGGGAAGAGGAGGAAGAAGAAGAAAGGUGGAGAUGAUGGGAAGGUUUAUGGAUGUGCCAGACCACCAAUCCUUGAACCACAGGGUGAUGAUGAGGAUGGAGAUGAGGAUGACAAGGAACAUGAUGACGAGAGCCCAAAUGAAGAUAGCGAUGAAGAGGACUUCAUGAGGGGCUUCCUCUUUGCUCCGGAUGAUAUUCAAGACUUCAUGUUUGCUCUCAAGGAUGACCAGCACGGCAUCGGCUACCAAGGGAUGGACUCCAGGUCUAUACUCGGUGGUCAUGUGACUCUAUUCGACGACCCAGUCAUGAAGCAGAAUAGAAGACAAGGCAUCAAGGGCAGCGCUUUUGGAAUAGGAGCAUUUGAAGAUGAGGAAGAGAGUGAUGUCUACUCUAGUGACCGGAUGUCAAACUAUGACCGUGUUUUAGGAGGAGAGGAGGAAAAACAAGAGAGAAGAAUGUAUGGUUGGACAGGACCUCCUCCUCAACGCUCUAGUGAUGCUGACGUUCUAGAUGGAUUCAAAGGAGCGUCUCAAAAGAAGAUUUCAACAAAGGUGUUUCAGCCCCCUACUUUGCCGAGGGACUUCCGACCCUUUCAUCGUUUUGAGACCUCCUCUGGAGAGACGCCCGACCUUUCCAAGCCAGAACCUCAAACCCACAGUCGAUUCACUCUCAGUGCUGACCAGAGAGCUGGCAUGCUGGGAGAGGAACAAUUACCAGGACCUGCAAGCAUUGAUGAGCUACUGACCAGUCGGGACCUGGCCCUACUGAAAGAUGCCCGGGACAAAGCUUCUACCAGGGUACAGGGUGCUCCGCAGCAUCAAUCCAGAUGGGAUAGGGGUGCACCCAGCUGGUCUGCCCCCACCCAAGAGGCUAUGCCACAAGGGGGAGGGUCGGGUUUUCAACCGUUUGCUAAGGAUGCAGAGAAACAGCACAGGUACGACCAAUACUUGCAGAACAGACACAAAGGGUCAGAGAUGGCAGCAGUAGACUCCAGGACAGAGUGGGAGAAACAGCAGGAGAUAGAGGAGUUCUCAAGGGCUGCGUCCCUCUACCACAAGCCCAUGUCAGGUCUCAUGGCGUCCAGGUUUGUUCGAGCCAAGCAUACUGAUGAUGCAGAUGACACACAGGAAGCUCCUGCAGAGACAGAGAGGGAUGUGAAUGAUCAGUGCAAGGCUGCCGAGAUGAAGAUGUUUGGUCAGCUGACCAGAGACACCAUGGAAUGGCACCCAGAUAAGCUGCUCUGUAAACGCUUCAAUGUAGCUGAUCCUUAUCCUGAGUCUUCAAUUGUUGGCCUUCCUACUGUAAAGAAGGAUAAGUUUUCUGUCUUUAAUUUCUUGGAGAUUCAGCAGCCGGCCAGUGCUCAGAUGGACAUAUACCCUACACAACCAGGAUUAUCUAAAUUGAUAUCAAAAGAAGUGGAAGAGCCAGGACAAUCUUCGUCAUCAUCAUCAUCAUCUUCUCUGAAAAGGUCAAGAUGGGAUCAACAUCCUGGUAUCCUUGCCAACAUGGGAUCUAAACAAGAGGUCAAAUGUGAUGAGAGCCAAGGAACGGGCAAAAUUGCAGAGUAUGAUGUUCCAUCUCAGGAUUCUACCGCUGAUAGUGAUGACAAGCCCCGCCCUCCUCUAGAUCUCUUCCAAGCCAUCUUCCUUGACUCCGACUCCAGCAGUAGUAGCAGUGACGAGUAUGACAGAGAUGAGAAUGAUGAUCAGAAAAAACAUGAAGGAGCACCACAAAGUGAACUCCACACUGUGCAAGGUCUGGAGAGUUCAAUUGGAGGUGGAAAUGCAAAGAUGAAUGAUGGAGUUGAGGCUUCAAUACAGAAUGAACAUGCCUCAUAUAUGACCGGGCUGGAAAGUGUUGAUGAUGAACAAGUAAUGAGAGAACUUCGUAGUCAUGGAAACAGAACUAGUGGUGCAAUUCAUAGAGAUGAAGGCAAGGAAAGAGCGGAGGAGGAGGAAGAAGAGGAGGAGGUGGAGGAGGAGGAGGAGGAAGAGGAAUAUGGACCGAUGCUUCCACCGUCAUUAGACCAUACCCAGGAGAGCCCUCCAAAAAACACUGAAAGUCAGGAUGAGAGUUCUACAGGGAGAAGAAAAAGGAGAGAUAGAGAGAAGAGAAAGGAGGAAAGAGAAAAGAAGAGUAAGAAGAGAAAAAGUGAACACAAAAGUAGGGACAGAAGCAGGGACAGAAGCAGGGACAGAAGCAGAGACAAGAAAAAGGAUAGAGAAAAGCACACCAAAGAAUUAUCAAGUCAUAACAGUAAACAUGAAAAGAUCAAGAAGUCAAAACACAGACAUGGAGAUAUGCACAAACAUACUCAUCACAAGUCUUCUAAGGGAAGGAUGCAAAAGAAGGAUGCAAGUCUGAGCAGUGUCAACAAGAAAUAGUACUGAAAACAACCCCCAAAAUGUCUUCAAUAAUUACAUCUUGAAAAGCAGAAGGGCAUGUAACUCAUCAACACAGAAAGCACUUGGAGCCGCCACUUGAUUGAUACAGACACACUCUUGACAGUUUCCAUGUGCAUUGAAAAUACAUGUAGUUCACUUACACUGGACUUGCUGCAAUUACACAUUACACAUUUUGAAUGCAGCAAAAUUCUAGCCCCUACUGGAAGUGACUUGGCAGUUGCUGAGAGUGCCGAUCAAAAGUAUUCAGCCACUGUUUGGAGUAGGAAUGAUGGAUUUUCAUUACGGGCAACUCUUUUGAAGUUUACAGGGUUGAUGAAAAGUACAUGCAUUAUAUAAUACAUUUUGGUCAUUAAAGUGAAGUCCACUCUCUCAAUAAUUGAUAACACCCAUUAUUCAAUCAUCUGAAUGGUGUCAAAUCCCUCAUGAGAAGCCAUA